AUGUAAUCCUCAUCUACAGCUUUCUCUACUAUGAUUAUAAAUAAAUGACUCUCUAAUUUCAUCACAGUCACUCUCUAAUCUCACACCAAAACAAAGUCACAAAACUCACUAGAAAUGGUAGUAGAAUUAUUGCCACUUCCUAAUUGGGUUACUUUUUUUACAACAUUUAUCAUCCUUCUUCUCUUUACCCGCCGCCGUCUUCGUCUCCACCGCCGUAAAUACAAUCUACCACCUGGCCCAAAAUCAUGGCCCAUAAUAGGAAAUCUCAAUCUUAUUGGAUCACUUCCACAUCAAUCCCUCCACGGGCUCACUAAAAAAUAUGGACCCAUCAUGCAUUUAUGGUUCGGCUCUAAACCUGUCAUUGUGGGAUCGAGCCCAGAAAUAGCCAAAGUUUUCCUCAAAACAAACGACGCUGUCCUUGCUGGGCGGCCCAAAUUCUCCGCUGGAAAAUAUACUACUUAUAACUACUCCAACAUUACUUGGUCCCAAUAUGGCCCAUAUUGGCAACAAGCUCGUAAAAUGUGUCUGCUAGAACUGUUUAGUGUAAAACGCCUUGAGUCUUAUGAGUACAUGAGAAAACAAGAGUUACAUGCUUUCUUGCACGAACUAUUUAAUUCAAAAAACAAAACAAUUUUGUUGAAGGACCAUCUUUCAACUUUGAGUCUCAAUGUUAUAAGUCGCAUGGUUUUGGGCAAAAAGUAUUUGGAGAAGAGUGAAAAUGCUAUUAUUUCCCCUGAAGAGUUUAAGAAGAUGUUAGAUGAAUUGUUUUUGCUUAAUGGGGUCCUCAAUGUUGGGGAUUUUAUUCCUUGGAUUCAUUUCUUAGACUUGCAAGGUUAUGUGAAGAGAAUGAAGACUUUGGGUAAGAAGUUUGAUUGGUUUAUGGAACAUGUAUUGGAGGAACACAUUGAAAGAAGGAAAUGUGUUAAUGAUUAUGUUGCUAAAGAUAUGGUGGAUGUGCUUUUGAAGCUUGCAGAGAAUCCUAGUCUUGAAGUCAAACUUGAGAGGCACGGAGUCAAAGCUUUUACUCAGGACUUAAUAGCAGGUGGGACAGAUACAUCUACAGUAACAGUAGAAUGGGCAAUCUCCGAGCUUGUGAAAAAGCCAGAGAUUAUCAAGAGAGCUACGGAGGAACUAGACAAAGUAAUAGGAAGAGAUAGAUGGGUUGAAGAGAAAGACAUUGUCAAUUUACCUUAUGUUUUUGCAAUUGCUAAAGAAACAAUGAGGCUUCAUCCUGCAGCACCAUUGUUAGUGCCAAGAGAAGCUAGUGAGGAUUGCAAUGUUGAUGGUUAUGAUAUCCCAAAAGGGACUCUAAUUCUUGUCAAUACUUGGACAAUUGGAAGAGAUCCUAAUGUUUGGGACAAUCCAUAUGAGUUUAUACCUGAGAGGUUUAUUGGUAAUAAUAUAGAUGUAAAAGGACAUGAUUAUGAGUUGUUGCCAUUUGGUACUGGUAGAAGGAUGUGUCCUGGUUAUCCUCUUGGUCUUAAGGUGAUACAAUCAAGUUUGGCUAAUUUGUUGCAUGGAUUUAAUUGGAGAUUACCUAAUGAUAUGAAGAAAGAGGAUUUGAAUAUGGAGGAGAUUUUUGGGCUGACUACUCCUAGGAAAAUACCACUAGAAGUUGUUGUGGAGCCUAGACUUCCUCAUCAUCUUUACUCCCUCUAAGAAUUUUUCUUUAAUAAGAUUGGGAAUAAUGGGAUUUGUGUGAGUUCAAUGUCAUUAACUUAAUGACAAGAAAAAAAACAAGCAUGACUGUGAAUAAAAAAUAUUGGUGUUUGAAUGUUGAAGUUAGUAAUGAGUCCCCUUGAUUUUGUCAAAGAAAAAUGAGUCCCUUUUCAGAGUUGUAAUAUUAUUUGUCUCCGUAAGCUUAACUCAGUUGGAAGGGACAAUACAUAAUAUACGUAAGGUCCAGGAUUCGAGCCUUGGACACCAAAAAAAAAAAAGUUGUAAUAUUAAAAAAAAAGUAUAUUAUGUUCUCUCUUGUUUUUUGUUUUUU